GGAAUUAGUGUAAUAAACAACAUGGCGGGAGUCGGUGCUCGACGGUUUCUUGAAAACUAAAAGAACUUGAUUUCUCGUUUAAAUUUGAAAGGAAGAUUAGUAGGAAAGAUGGAUACAAGUAUUAGAACAUUGCUUACUAAAGCACAGGCAGUUAUAGGACAGGAAAACAAUCAGCAUUUACAACAGGCCUACCAGUUACUGAGAAAUGUUGCUGAAAGCAAACCAGCCGUUGACACACCGGAAUCUUUUGGUUCAGAUUUAUAUGUCAUAUGUGCAGAGACUGCAUUCCAGAAUGGAAUGCCAGAUAUGGCCAGAGAAUGUCUUAAAAUGUACUUUAUGAAGCCUCCACCAGCCAACCAGUUCUUCUGUAGAGCUUACCUAUGCCAGGCUCAGCUCCUAGCUCCCAAAGAGGCCAACAAUCCAGAACAACUGGAAAAGGCAGUAGUGUACCUUGUAAAAGCAAUAUCAUUUGCCAAGAAGAACCCAAGAUAUCAUUUCCUAGUAUACAAUGCUUCUGUGAUAUACUGGCAAUUUUGCCGACCUUUUCUGAAGCCUAACUAUCGUCAGUAUCUAGCUCGCAGUUUGCACCAAGUUGUCAAGGCACUGGAUGAUAUUGAUGACAAAGACUUUGAAUGGCGGGCACAGCUGAUGAUUGCCCUGAUGGAGUGUCAUUUAGAUGCUGGGAGAAAAACUGAUGCCUCUAGUGUGGCAGGAGCUGCUGCUACAUUUAUUAAACAGAAUGUACCUCACCUCUAUAAACAAGUGUUUGGUCUGAUUGUAAGAAACCAACUGUUGGAUUCAUCAAAACUUCAUAAAGAUGUCAAGAACUCUCCUGAAUUGUCCGUCUAUUACAAAAUUCUUAAACUCAAAGUAUCUUGUGACUUGAAUGAGCCUCGUGAGUACUACAGUGAGAUUCAGUCCAUUUUGAAUCAGAUGGGCGUCGCUCAUACCAGUAUAGUUCAGGUGGAAACGCCCACUGGCAAAGGGUCAAAGUCCAAAUCUAUCAGGACUCACUCCCCUGCAGGUCCCACCAAAAUGGAAGAAUUAGAGAAAGACAGUUCAGAAUUAAGUCAACAAACUUUAAGUGAUCGAGAAAAUUCAGAAGAGUCUGAUGUAAAAAGCCCCACCAAAGGAGCUGGGCGGAGAACCCCCACCCCCACCACAACCAAGAGACUGGCCACUGAUAGUGCAGAUAAACCAUACCUUCUUGUGGAGUUGGCCAGGUUUUGUGUUGAGUUAGACUUCCCAGACUUGGCACAAAACUGUGUAGAUCAUAUGAAAACCUGUGUUGUUAAGGACCCCAGCUUUUACCUUGAGUUGGAGUUUCUUCAGUGUGAGCUGAUGGUGAGAAGUCUAGGAGACAAACAAGAGACCUUCAAUAAAUCUGUGGUGGAUCUGAGAAUACAAGCCAUUAAGAGAUGUGAGGAGACAAUAAUGAAUGCCAUCAGACAGGGGGACCCCAAUGUGAUACAGGCCGGUUGUGUGACCCAGUGGAACCUUAUCCUCCCCCUCCUACAGCCAAACCUCCGUAAACAUGUCAGGAAACCCCUCACCCUGCUGGCAGAGGCCCUGGAGGAUAUACAGAGCUUGUUAAUCAGCCUGAGGUGUCAAAUUCACACGGAACUCUCCAAAUGUGAGGAAGACCAGGAGCAGAUUCAGGUUGCCAUGGAGCACCUCAGAAAGGCCCUUUCUCUGGAUGAUGGUGGCCUCUAUAAAGAGAGACUGGAAGUUGCUCUGCACAGGCUAGAUCUCCGAUCCCAACUUUACAAGCAGCCAGAAAGAGCAGAAGACAUUGCAGCCAUGAUCAUUGAACAAGCCAGGAAAGCAGACUCAGGAACAAUGAGAAUGAAGAGGUCCCUGUUGGUGAAGGUGGGGGAGGCCUUGGCCCCUGAUGCCUUCCAGUUAGUGUUGGACAGUGAGAGCGACACAAAAGAAAAAAGCUCAACUGAAAACAAAAAAGAUGUCACAGGAGGUAAAGCCCCUCAAACAGCAAUCCAGAAACUGGCAAACAAGGCUCGACAGUUCAACAAGUGUGUAAGAAAAGCAGAGGGGCAUCUAAAGAGACUCGGGGACGAAAACGACAGGGAAAGAGCGAGACUUUGGGGAGACUUGGCAAAGACAGCACGUAAACAGGAAGUCUGGGAUGUUUGUCGAGUCGCUGCUCGAUUCUGUCUCCUAUAUGAUGAUGAACGAUGGAAAAAUGUCCCACCCCCUAAAAUGGAAAGCCCAAAACCUUCAGAGAAGGCCAAGACUCCGGCGCCACCUGUUGAGCAGUCUACCACUACAGCUGGGGGUGAAGUGGCUCCCUCUACUGUUGACAUGUCAGACAGGAAGAGCCGCAUGAUGACCCAGCAGUCCAUGGGAGGCAGUCGACCCACAAGUCCAGAGCGGACCGUACCACUGUAUGACAAAGAUCUCAUCAGAAUGCUGGCAGAGGUCGCCUUCAUUCAGGGGGAGGUAAGCAGCAUCACAGUUGAUUGGAUAAAGUCUCUGUCAGCUGAUGCCACUCAGAGUUUCCUGAGGGGUCUGGAGUUGGGGGUGGAGCUAGAGGAACCCUGGCUUGUGUGCAGUGCUGCAGCUUAUAUCUGGAACUAUAACAAUCAUGUUCUGACACAGAGGAGGCACAGAGAGGUCAUGGACACUUUGACAAAGGUCGUAGAGGGCAUUAAAAAAGUAGGACAUGAUGGAGAAACCAUGAUGUUGGUGAACAUUUGCGGAGCUCUGGCCUUCGCUUUGAUGUGCCCCUGGAUACCAGAUGAACCAGUCAAAGAAAUGCAAGAACCCUCCUCUCCCUCCCCCACAGCUGCCCCAUCCCCAGGGGGAGGCAAAAAGGGGGGUAAAGGAGGACCCCCUGCUGCUGCCUCCCCAGCCAAGGGAAAAGCUCCCCUUCCCAGCAACCAGGUCACCAUCAGCCCUGACGCCAUGCCUGAUCUCAAAAAAGCCAUCGAAGUAUGUGACUAUGCUAUAGAAGUAACCAAUGGCAGUAAGGAGGCUAAUGUUGUUCCUAUUGGGGUGAGACAACCAUUGCUACAGACCUGGGUCCUGGCUAAACAGAUGGCUCAACAGCAGAUCCCCAAGACACUGGGAGCUGAUGACGAGCCCUACUCUGAGGGUCAGAGACAGAUGACCAGGGCUAUUGUAGCAGUAGAGCUGGUACAUGUGUCCAGGAAUGGAAUCAUGGAAUUCAAAGAGGCACCAAAUUGCAAUGAGAUUGCUAACAUGAUAGAGGACUGUAAGUGGUCUGAUAAGUUUGUGGAGCUCCAGCUGUGGACCCGCCUGGCCUCCCUGUCCUACCAGGCCAAGAACCACCAGCUGGUGGUGCGGUGCAGCAAGAAGGCCCUCAGGUUCGCUACUGUUGGCACUCAACCAAAGAACAGGAAAAUGGACGCUCACCGCUAUGCGGUGGAGCAGGAGAUGUUGUCCUACGCCAGUGGUGUGCUGGGUCAGAGCCUGAUAGACAACAUGUCUGGUAAGAACGCCAUCAGACGCGAGGCUCUGGAGGCAUUCCUCAACAGCGCAAGAUUUGCAAGAAAUGCAGAAAAUUACGAUCUAGUGAUGACAGCUGUCCGUCACUACUGGAAUGCCUGCCUCCCUCUUGUCAGUCAACCAAUAGAAAGAGAACUUCUCAGAGAGCCAAUUAAAGUCAUGCUCCAGUGUAUAACAGCCACAGCAGAAAAAGUCAAGAAGACUGAGGAGAAGACAGAGGAGGAUGAGGAGGAGGGAGGUGAAGAUGAUCAGGGUGUGGAGACAGCCCCAGAGAAACCAAAGAGUUCCACCAUCGGCAGUCCCGAGGAUGACCUGACUCUGAGGGCCUCCAUGUAUGGAGUUCUGUUUCAGUCUUAUGCUGACAAGCAACAAUGGGAAGAGGGUCUUCAAGCUAUGGACCAGGCCAUUAAUGACAUGCCACGAACCAAGCACAGACUAUUGAUAUUUAAGCACAGGGUUAUGACCAAAGCAAAACUAGGACGAAGAGUUAAUAUGGAUAUUCAGAAAUUCAAGCUUUAUGGAAGAAGAGAUGAGAGUGAGGACUAUGUAGCUCACAUGUGGAGAAGAGUCGCCCUGAGCUCAAAAGAAACACUGGAACAGCUGAUCUCCUAUCAGGCAGCUAUUGAGGCCCUGAAUAGUCCAAGCAACGAGUGGCUUAAGGUGGACUACCUACUGGAGUUUGGACAGUGGCUGUACUCCAAUGAGUUCCCCCUCCAGGAUGCUGUUGACCAGCUGGAGUGGGCAGUGGACAUCAUGUUAAACAUGAAGACUGAGACCGACCUCAAAAAGGAGGCAGAAGCAGCAAAAAAAGGCUCGGCUGCUGGGAAACGUGGCAAAGGAGCCGCAAAAGGAAAAGCCGACAAGAAGAGGCCAGGAAAGGGGUCCGCCAAGGCUAAGCCACCCCAGAUGCAGACCCUGAGUAAAACCCCCAUCCCCGGGGACAAAGCGUCUGACGCUGCCUCUGACAGUAAGAGUGUGACCAGUGAAGCUGACAGUGACCUGAUGGCUGAAGGCAUCAUCCCAGUGGCUAAACAGGCCAUCAUCGGUGUGUUGCCUAACAACCCUGGCCUGACCAUUAAUGACUUGGAUGACGUCAGACAGAUUGAUGGACUAUUUAGGGCCCACGUCCUGCUGGCAGAAUUAGCUGGACGCUCAUCUCAAGACUACAAGGAUUAUCUCCUCAUGGCCCAUGCCUAUCUUGUUAGACUUUGGCAGAUCACAGUUCCAAUAUCUGGCCCAGUAAUGAAGGAAAUUGCCAAGAAUCCCCCCGCAGCAGCUGAUGAUAAAAAUGCUGCCUCAGCCAAGGGAAAAGGCAAGGGAGGGAAGGACGACAAGAAGGAGCCCGUCAAGGAAAAGCCCAAGAGGAAGGGCCCACUCGACAUACUGCCCACCACCGUGGAGGAAUGGGCACAGUAUGACAUCCCUGAUGAGAUUAUUGAAGCAUUCCAUCAUGAUAUGAUGAAAGUGACAGGAGUUAACUCCCAUACCAUUCAGAAGCCGAUGCUGACUCUGUACUACCUGGACACUCUGGUGAACUGUUUGAGGGACAUUGGCUACAACCACCUGACAUUACCAAUCCUGGCCUUUGAAGAUCUGAUGUCCAGAGAUUUACUGAAGAGUGAACCCCUCCAUGUCCUAGUUCAUGCCAAGGCUGCUGAAGUGUGUUUGGAGCUGAAUUUGAAGAAUGGGUACAACUUCCAUGAGAAAACAGCGGGCCCUGUUGUAUUGAAUGAGGAGCAUCAGGCACUGUCUAGAGAUGAAAUAGCCCUGUGGAAGGAGAAACAGAUGCAGGUGGAGAGAGAGGAAGCCAGAGUAAAGGAGUCAUUGGCCAAACUGGCAGAGGAGAGCAGGGGGAGUCAGCUGACCAAGAGGACAACCAACAAAGGAGGGACAUCCCUCCCAGACAACAAGGAGGAAACAAUAGAGUCCCAUCUUGGUAAAACUUUGGGUAAUGUUACAUACAGAGAUGUGUGGACAGACACCGCUGAGCUGCUUAUCAGACAGUGUCACUACCAGAGUGCUAGGGAAUUCCUGAAUGAGGCCAACAAUGCAGCCCUGGCCUUUGAAGACAAUGUUUUACGAGGCAGAAUCCUGUAUCUGUUGGGUCAGUUAUCAUUAGAGGAAGCCCAGUACAAACAGGCCUUUAAUUUAGCUCUGGAAGCGCAGAGAGAAUUUAAUGGUGAUGAGAUGUUCUGGUACAAGACAAGCAUGCUGAUGGUGGAGGCCACUUUGAAAGAUUAUGAGAAUCGUAAAGCACAGAGAAUUGCCCGAGGAAUACUUGUCCACAGUAUCAAUGAGUUCCAGAGGAUUGCUGACGAGAGACCAAACAGAACAAGUGUCAACACCUACAUCCUGGCCAUGAUGGAGGCCAAACUGGCCAGUGUCCAGACUCAGGUGAUACUCAGUGGAGACAAGGACAUCAAUGACCCGAAAGUCAUGAAGAAAAUGCUGGCCGCUUGUGAGAAAUUUGAGUCUUCCUCGGAGAAACUGAUAAAGUUAGGCUACAAGAGGGAAGCUUUCCCUGUGAUGAAGGAACAUGCUAUGGUGCUGUGUAACAUGGCUAGACACUCAAUAGAGAAGGAGAUCAUACACACAUACUAUCUACAGUCCAUGAUGGUGCUGAAGGAGGGGGUAAAUCUGGCCGAGGAGACCUUCAGAGACACACUCACCCUCACAUCACUGCAAGAGGUGCGUAAUGUAAGCCUGCCCACUCAGAGAGAGCUAGCAGACAUGUACAUCGUGUGUGGAGAGAUCAUGCUGGAGUUGUUCAGAGUUCAUGCCAAGGAAACUCGAUCUCAGCAACUGGAAGAUCUCAGGAAAGGAUCAGUGGUCAAGAUGGUGGAGGACUUUAUCAGUACAACCCCACAGUUUUAUUCUCACAUGGAAAAAGAAUGGCUAGAAGCCACAAAGGUGAUUGCUGAGGAUGCCCUGCUGAAGUUUGUUUCUGCCCACAACAUGUCUGGACAUAUUCUCAAACUGAGGGCCAGGGCUUUGUGUGGAGUAGGGAAAACUCUACAUGCCUUUGCCCUGUUUGCUAGUCCUGAUCCUCCAACUCAGUGGGUGGUACAUGAAAUGGAGCUGAGCAGGAUAGAGCACCCAGAGGACCAGGCCUCAGAACGCAGUGAGGACCCAGAGUCUAACCAGUUCCUCCGCUACACCAAACAGAUCAAGAAAAUCAAGAAACAUGAUGACAUAUGCCACCACUAUCUGGCCCAGGCUUCUGAAUGUCUUGUACAAGGGCUUAAUGUGGCUCUACAGAACCACUUCUCUGACAUUGCUGGCAGUAUCUCUCUAGAGCUGGUGGAAUGUUGCGGACAAUACGACCCCCAGUCUGCCAGUCUCUUCUUAGCAUUACAUCAGAGUUGUUCUGCAUCAAUGGAGUUGGAGAAGCUUCUGAAGAGAGCCCAGAUGGAUCCCUGUACUUCACGCUUGGCUGCACUGCUACAUCAGAGGAAGGCGAUGUUGGAGCGAGAAGUCAGUCUGAAUCUGUCAGUGAGCGAGAUGAUGAAAACGGUCACGCAGUCACUGGAGCAGAACUGGCAGGCUUGGAAGAAUCUAGAGGUCCAAACCAAUCAUUUGGAACUCCUCAAGGAUUUCCCACCUCACUUCAAUUUCAUUAUUCUCCAGCAUUCUCCAGACAAGUCGUUCUUGUAUGGUGCUAUUUUAGACAAACCCAAAAACACUGCCUUAGCUGGAGGCAAAAACCCCAAACAACAAGCACCACCAGCACACAGUAGAGCUAAGGUGUUUGGAGCAGAGACAAGCCCCCAGCUUCUGACAGAGCUGCUGAGUAAGUUUGAGGAGCACCAUCAGAGUGUACAGACCUUCCUUCUGAAGCAGGAGUAUCAGCGCUCCCAGGCCAUGAUGAGGCAGAAAAUGCUGGAAAAUCUAGACGAAAGUCUCAAGAAACACACACAGCAUCAUCAUGAUGAGAAAGAUCAUGAGGAGGAGGCCAGACUUCAGGAAGAAUUCAGAGGUCUCCUCAAGGACAUGGAGACUUAUCUCAAACCCCUCACUUCCCAGCUAGUGGGGCUUCUGACGCCCCAUGUAGUGACCCCCACCAGCACCAAUAAAGACAACAAGGGACAGCCUGAGGCCCCGCCCAAUGAGUACGUUAUCCUGUUAGUGGACUCCAUGUUAAUGCACAUGCCGCUAGAGGCCCUGGAGUUCCUACAGGUGGAGAACGUCACCGCCCUGUGUAGGGACUUCUCUCUGUCUGUGUUCCAUCAUAGGUUCUACAAGGACGAAGCUACAGAUUCUCAGUUACAAGGAUCUCGUAAACGUAAACCAGCUGACCGUAAAACGCCAACUAACGCCUCUCGUGCUGGAAAAAAUGUGGAGUCAGAACAACAAAAUGAGGAGAAGAAGAAACAGAAGGCUAAGAACCAAGACAACCCCCUGUCUAGAAUCCCCGGGCUCAGGGACGCCAGUAAAAAACAGGCCAAGAUUAUUCCAUUACACAGAGAUCUACAGCCUUGGCAUCACACUGUGGAUACUAUGAACUUCAGAUACAUUGUGGAUUCUCAUCUGGAUUGUGCAGAAACAGAGGUAAAUAAACCAAUAGAAAUAUUCAACAAGCUGAUGGAGGAAUAUGAACAGCAGUUUACUCCCAGAUGGUUGGGUGUACCGGGAGAUGAUCAUACACCAAGUGUAGGAGAGUGGGAGAUCUACCUGACAGACAACAGUUCCUUUAUCUUCUAUGGAAUGGAAAAAUUCAUCAACUACAUUCCACCAGCCAAACUCUCAGCCUUAAACAUUCCAGAUUGCUCAAUAAUAUAUUCACUGGAUAUGGCAGAAACAAGCAAGAGUUUCACAAGGCAGUCCAAACUGGAUGUCAGAAAGAGUGAGAAUAUUCUUUCAUUGGAGAAACCUGUUGAGACAGCCAUGUUGGUUAGUCUUACAGGAGUAAAAUGUCUGAUGUCCAAUCAAUGGCACUGUACCCUGGCAGAAAAUGCUGACAGACUUAAAGUCUCCAUGAAAGAUCUAUUAGAGGGAGGUAAGACCACUGGGGAAACGGUCCGUUUGCUUUUUGCACCUAAUCAGAGAGAACAACCAAAAACAGAGCCUGAAGAAAAGCCACCUACCCCAGAGACUGCGAAGGAGGACGGGGAAAACCAAGCGGAGGUCACUCCAGCCGAGAAGGAGCCCGAGGUAGAACAGGAACCACAGCCCAAUAGAUCAUGGUACAACAUGGUGUGCUACGGCCUGCCAAAUCUGAUGGUGGCACAGAUUUAGACACAUAAAACAUUUCUUCAGUGUGACCGUAUGAAGUUCAGUGAAAUCUACAAACCUAAAUUAAUUUUUGAAGAAAAACAUUUACAUGUAUUUGAACCUUUUGUUGAGGUCUAUUGCUGUCAGUUUAUACAAUGUACACAUAUUUGUUUUGACUGUGAUCCAUUAUCGUUUUACACUUGAAUUUCCGUCCAAAAUUCUUUAUUGCUUUUAUAUUUUA